AUGGAAGAUGUAGCAGAACCACUAGAAAAGCUUGACCAAGAUCAGUCCCAACAAGGCCAGGAUAAGGAAGAACAACGGUCAUUAUCGAGAUCACAAGAUACGAAGCAAAAGGUCAUCCGACAAGGUAUCUCCGGUCUGUUCCACAAGUUGAACAUCUUCAGCACCAGGAAACCAUGCAGUCAAUACAUAAGGAAUGGUGGUCGAGUACUAGAGAAUUUCAGUGGUGACCUGAAGAUUUUCACAGCGAAUGAAAUGAAGGAAAUCACAAAAGAUUAUUCAGAAGAGUAUCUUCUUGAUAAAGGCAGCUUUGGUUGCCCCUCUGUGACUGUACAUGAAGCUGCACAUGAUAUUUUUACAGAGGGGGUGGAUAUCAAUAUACGGAUGGCGCACAAGAACAUUCUCUGUCUCGUUGGUUGCUGCCUAGAGGUGGAUGGUCCAAUGUUGGUCUAUUAUUUUGUAGAUAACAGUAGCCUAAAAGAUAUUCUCCAUGUCAGCAAACAAGAACUUCCCUUAGACCUGCGUCUGGACAUUGCGAUUGGAUCAGCAGAAGGGUUAAGACAGAUUCAUUUGUAUACACCUCGGACACUAUGCCACGGUGAUAUCAAGACAGAUAACAUACUCCUGACUGAAAUGCUGACUCCAAAACUAUCAUGUUUCGGGCUUCUUAAAGAGCAACAUUUCAGUACGACAGUAGUUGGAAGCAUCGGUUACACUGACCCGAUAUCAUUGAUAACUGGCUUUCUGACACAGAAGAGUGAUCUCUAUAGCUUUGGAGUUGUUCUGCUGGAGAUUAUUACCAGGAAGAGAAGUAUAUAUGGUGAGAAUUGCAGUCUUGUUUUGGAGUUCUCAAAAGUGUACGAGACAGAAAGGAGAGGGAAGUCAAUGUUCGACAAGGAGAUCGCAACUGAAGAAAAUAUGAUUUGGUUGGAACAAAUUGGCAAGCUAGCUACUGAGUGUCUAAAAGAAGAUGUUGGACACCGACCAGAUAUGACAGAUAUAGCAGAGCGGCUUAUGAUCAUUAGGAGAGACAGGGAAACUAAAGGGGAAGGCGAAGCGAACUGGCCAAGCUAAUUGUGAUGAUGUGCCUGCACCACAAAGACAACUCCAGGGUUUGAUAUAAUGAUAUAGGAUUGAUAUUUAUUCAUAUAUGAUCCGGAUCCAUACCAUCCUAGGAGGUUCUGUUAUAGCUAGCGGUCGCAUGUGGCUGUGAGCUUCUUCUACUUAUUUGAUUAGAUUCUACAUGUGAUUUGAAUGUUAAGUGUAAGGUGUGCCACCUAUAAUUAUCUAUGCUAACACGCAUACGUGAGUAGACGACUCAUUAUAAUACCAU